CAUUACCGCCUGAGUCUGCGGUAGAGAGGCACUCAUCCACCAUUGCAUUCAGUGCCAUCAUUAACACAUUGCAAGAUCAUAACCGAGCGUCGCACGAUUAAUAAAGUAAUAUUUCUCCAGACCCAAUUGCGGGUUGACCCCAGAAGACGAAAGCUACUCAUAUUUCUUCAUCAGGGGCCGCAGCUGGGUUGACGUUGAACUUGGUUCUGUAAACCUAUUCUCACCAGCUUGGUUACCAUGGCAACUGAGGAGAAGAAACCAGACACAGAGGCUACUAAAACACAGCCAGCAUCAGCUGCCUCUGCCAGUCAGAGUAAGUCAGCACCUGUGAAGCCAAACUACACCUUGAAAUUCACAUUGGCCGGUCAUACAAAAGCAGUCUCAUCUGUCAAGUUCAGUCCAAGUGGAGAGUGGCUUGCCAGCUCAUCUGCUGAUAAGUUGAUCAAAAUAUGGGGAGCAUAUGAUGGAAAAUUUGAGAAGACCAUAUCUGGACACAAACUUGGUAUUUCAGAUGUUGCCUGGUCCUCUGAUUCGAACCUUUUGGUCUCAGCAUCUGAUGACAAAACCCUGAAGAUCUGGGACGUGAGCUCUGGGAAAUGCUUAAAGACGUUGAAGGGACACAGCAACUAUGUCUUCUGCUGCAAUUUUAACCCUCAGUCCAAUCUCAUCGUGUCCGGAUCUUUUGAUGAAAGCGUGCGGAUUUGGGACGUUAAAACAGGGAAAUGCCUGAAGACCUUACCAGCACAUUCUGACCCCGUCUCUGCUGUUCAUUUUAAUAGAGAUGGUUCAUUGAUUGUGUCCAGCAGUUAUGAUGGCCUUUGUCGUAUCUGGGAUACAGCAUCAGGCCAGUGCCUUAAAACACUCAUCGAUGAUGAUAAUCCUCCCGUGUCAUUUGUGAAGUUUUCCCCCAAUGGCAAAUACAUCUUAGCUGCCACUCUGGACAACACUUUGAAGCUUUGGGACUACAGCAAAGGAAAGUGCUUGAAAACAUACACCGGUCAUAAAAACGAGAAGUACUGCAUAUUCGCCAAUUUCUCCGUCACUGGUGGAAAGUGGAUUGUCUCGGGUUCAGAGGACAACAUGGUUUAUAUCUGGAACCUUCAGACCAAGGAGAUCGUACAGAAACUACAGGGGCACACAGAUGUGGUGAUUUCGACCGCCUGCCACCCUACAGAGAACAUCAUUGCAUCAGCAGCACUAGAAAACGACAAAACCAUCAAACUAUGGAAGAGCGAUUGCUAAGCCCCAAGCUUAUUUUACUUUAUUAUUUUGUUAUUUUUUAAAUUUUGUACCGUUCAUUUCGUGGGGGGAAGAGACUUUUGUUUUUCAGUUGAAAAGUCACGCUAGGCUGAUCACACUUGACAUCAAGGCUUGGCAGAAGGACUUGCGAGACGCUCCCCACCCAGAGAUAUCCUCUCUAACACAGCAUCCCUCCUCUUCAGCUCGUGCACUAAACCAAUCUCUCUUUUCUCUGCCUUACUGCAAGCUCUCUCAUAUAUCAGUUUAAACCAGCAGCUCCACCUCGCACACCCAGAAGACACCCAGUCGCAUAAAUCUAGGCAGCUUUGUGUUAACACAAACCUGUUAUGAAAAGAGCUUUUCUGUCUGUUUUGUGAAUGACAUCAUUCUGCAUCUGAUGGUGAUUUGUACGAUUGCUAAAGCUAGCAGAAAGACAAGUGGCCAUUUUAAGAAGUGUUAAACAUUUUUUAGCCUGUACUACCUUGUAGCAUUCAUGGUUACCUUGACUUACCAAUGUCAAAUCAGACUUUCACAUAUGAAAUGCUUUGUUUGGCAGAGGGAUGUGUUUGAAACGCUGCCACAUCUGUAUAUGGGAUUUAUUGUGUUACAGUUGCAAAACUAGAUGUUAAACGUUAUGGUUUUCUGUGCCCUGUAGGCAGUGUUAACAAUAAAAGUUCUUUUGUUUUGGAUUUAAGGACAUGAUUUAUCCCAAAGGUAGAUAUAGAAAACUUUUAUUCAUGCAGCUCUGUUUGAGUAAAUAUAACUCAUUAUAUUUCCUCUGCUCAGUUUUGGUGCUUAUGAAGAAAUACAACUACGUCUGGGAUUGAAUAGCGGUUUGUUCAAAACUUAAAAAAACAAAACAUUUUUGUCUGUUUUCAAUAAAAAGGAAAGGUUACUGUUUUAUAAAACCAUCACACUGUAAUUUCACAGACUUAACAUUUGGAGUCAAUGAUACAGGAAUGAACUUAUGAAUUGGUACAAGUUAUCAUCACAUUGCUUGUUCUCAAUAAAACAUGCAAUCUUUGCCAGUUUUUGCUUUGAACUAAAUAUGCCAUAACCCUUCAAUUUUGUGACCAAAUGCAGAGUUGGAUGCGCUAUCGAGCCUUGAGAUGUUUUCUGUAUCUUACACUUUGUACAUAUUUGCAGCUUCUCUGUUCUUGGAUAUGUUUACUUCUGUUCUGUGGUGGUCUUAACUGUGUCUCAAGUAGCUGAUAGUACAGUAAGAGUGUUUUAUUUUCUUGCUCGAAGUGGAUGACGGGUCGACGCGGACCCAUCCUCAGUACCGGAUUCUGUUUCUGGCUGGUUUUUCAGUGCACUGCAGUGAUAAGGGCUGCAUGAGGAAUUGUAUCUGUAUUGCAUUUAGUCACUUUGGACUUGACCUGUGACUCAAUAAAGAUUUUUUUACUUGUA